GCCUGAUGUCCCCGUGUCGGAGCUGUGCGUUAUAAAUGGGUGGCAGGAGGCUGAAGCUCCUGGCAGAUUCCUAUGGGUACCUUGCUGCUCAGAAAGAUGUGGGUGGCAGUUCUCCAAGACCCCCGCCCUGGGUGUCUCUUCACCCUCAUGGUCCUGCAGCUGCCCAAGCUGAAUACAGGUCACUUUGAAGUCCUCGGACCCUUGGAGCCCAUCCUUGCCUUGGUAGGUGAAGACUCAGAACUGCCUUGUCACCUCUCCCCCAGUGUGAGUGCUGAGCGGAUGGAGCUGCGCUGGUUCCGGAAUACAUUCUCGCCUGCAGUGUUGGUCCGCCAUGAAGGCCAAGAGCUGAAGGAAGAGCAGAUGCCUGAGUAUCGAGGGCGGGUGAUGCUAGUGCAGGACAACAUCACUUUGGGGCAUGUUGCUCUGAAGAUACACCAGGUCAGGACCUCUGAUGAAGGGGUGUACGGGUGCUCCUUUAGGGAUAAACAAGCUCAUGGAGAAGCCUUCGUCUCUCUGAGAGUAGCUGCUAUGGGUUCUGACCCUCACAUUAGUAUGAAAAUUCAAGAGAAUGGAGAGAUGGAGCUGGAGUGCACCUCCUCGGGAUGGUACCCAGAGCCUCAGGUGCGGUGGAGAACUACCAACAGAAAGAAGUUACAAUCCAUUUCAGAGUCCAGGAAUCGUGAUGAGGAAGGCCUGUUCACUGUGGCAGCCUCAGUGAUCAUCACAGACAGCUCCAUAAAGAGUGUGUCCUGCUGCAUCCAGAAUCUCCUCCUUGGCCAGGAGAAGGAAGUAGAGAUCUCUGCACCAGUUGUUACAGGACCAUCCUCCUUAAUCUGGAUUGUCAUGGCAGCAGCAGUACUCCUGGGGCUUGUGGUAAUACGUUGG